AUGAGUUUAGAAAAUGACGAUAAGCGAGCACGCACGCGAUCGAAGUCUAUCAGAGUGCCCACGGAGCUCAUCGGCCAGGAGGUGAGCUGUCCAACCCCAGGCUGUAACGGCUCAGGACACAUCCGUGGAAAGUAUGCAAGACACAGAAGUUUACAAAGCUGCCCUCUAGCAAAGAAGAGGAAACUUCAGGAUGCGGAGGCUGAACAUCUGGUGUCGAAGAGAAAAUCCCAUCCGCUCAAGCUAGCCUUGGAUGAAGGCUACAAUGUCGACAGCGACGGCAGCGAGGAGGCCGAGGCGAAGGAGGAGUCUGGCUCCGACGAGUCGGAGGGGACGCUGGAGGAGGACGAGACGGAGGCGGUGGAGCAGGAGGAGACCCGCAGCCCCGAGCCGGCAGAAGGUAGAAGCCCAGCAAAAUCAACCCAUUAUGGACAAAACACAGCAACAAGUACGUCUGGGCCCAGCAAGGCCAACUAUAGCAGCUAUCAAGAAAUAAUCGCCAACUCUCUCCUAAACCUAGGCCAAAUAGCGGAGGAAACCCUUGCCAUCGAAGGGCAGCUGCCUGAAGCUGAGCUGCAGGUCUCCAAGCCGCCGUCCAACGUUGUGCAUCUGGUCCAUGAGGAUGCGGGUGAGGAGUUAGUGGAGGAGGAGUGCGACAAGGAGAUCAUCAUCCAGACGGAGGAUGCGGAGGAGGUCAUUGAGGUCACCAGCGAACGCAGCAGCGAGUUGUGUCCGGAGCACCGGGACGAUGCGAACUGCGAGGAGUCCUGCAAACUGCAAAAGGCUGAAGCAGAAGAAGAGGAUGAGGAGGAUGAGGAGGAGGAUGAAGAUGAGGAGGAAGAAGAGGAAGAGGAAGAAGAGGAGGAGGAAGAGGAAGAAGAAGAGGAGGAGGAAGAGGAGGAGGAGAUGGCUCCUGAAGUGAUCUGUGAAGAAGCUCCUCACACUUCUCAGGACACCCAGAAAAGCCACUGUGAAGGGCAGUUCAGCCCAAAGCCCGAGUACUCGGUCAUCGUGGAGGUCCGGUCGGAUGAUGACAAAGACGAUGAUGCCCGCUCCCAGAAAUCGGCGGUGACCGACGAGUCCGAGAUGUAUGACAUGAUGACGAGGGGGAACCUGGGGCUGCUGGAGCAAGCCAUCGCACUGAAGGCUGAGCAGGUGAAAAUUGUACGGGAGCCCAGCCGGCUGCCAGGAGAGCACGUAAAGCACUUCCAGGUGGAUGAGAAACAGAGCAAACCACUGGACAGCAUCCGAAAGAGCUACUACGGCAAAGAUCCCUCGAGACCCGAGAAGCGAGAAAUCAAAUGUCCGACUCCUGGCUGCGAUGGAACCGGCCACGUCACGGGACUCUACCCUCACCAUCGCAGCCUCUCUGGUUGUCCGCACAAAGACAGGAUCCCUCCCGAGAUCUUGGCCAUGCACGAGAACGUGUUGAAAUGCCCCACGCCAGGCUGCACAGGACAGGGUCACGUCAACAGCAACCGCAACACGCACAGGAGGCGCAAGCUACAUGUCCCCAUCGCGUCCAGUCCCCUCCCAACAACCGUCUUGUCGAGGAAAAGAGAACUCACUGUUGCUCGUUGUUUCAUCCUCAGGCCUAUGUGCUUUGUGAAGCAACUGGAGAUCCCUCAGUACGGAAGCUACCGGCCCAAUAUGGUCCCAGCAACCCCCCGGGCCAACCUGGCCAAGGAGCUGGAGAAGUACUCCAAGGUCACCUUCGAUUAUGCAAGUUUUGAUGCUCAGGUUUUUGGCAAACGCAUGCUUGCCCCAAAGAUUCAGACUAGCGAAACCUCACCUAAAGCCUUUAAAUGCUUCGACUACUCCCACGACGCCGAGGCUGCGCACAUGGCUGCCACUGCCAUCCUCAACCUCUCCACCCGCUGCUGGGAAAUGCCGGAGAAUCUCAGCACGAAGCAACAAGAGGCCCCCGGCAAGUCCAUGGACAUUGAGGUGGAUGAAAAUGGGACUCUGGACUUGAGUAUGAACAAGCACCGCAAACGGGAGAGCACCUUUCCCAGCAGCAGCAGCUGCAGCAGUAGUCCCAGCAUGAAGUCCCCAGAUGUGUCCCAGCGCCAAAACAGCACCAGUGCCACGAGCAGCACCAUGACCUCCCCCCAGUCCAGCCAGACCUCCCGCCAGGAUGAAUGGGAUGGGCCUAUUGACUACACUAAACCAAACCGUCAGCGGGAAGAGGAGCCAGAAGAGUCAGAGCCUGCCGCUCACUCUUUUGCCUCCUCGGAAGCUGAUGAGCAAGAAGUGUCGGAGGAAAACUUUGAAGAACGAAAAUACCCAGGGGAAGUUACUUUAACCAACUUCAAGCUUAAAUUCCUCUCCAAGGACAUCAAGAAAGAGCUGCUCACUUGCCCAACCCCAGGCUGUGACGGCAGCGGACACAUAACGGGAAACUAUGCCUCUCACCGCAGCCUUUCUGGUUGUCCUCUUGCUGACAAGAGCCUCAGAAACCUCAUGGCUGCCCACUCUGCUGACCUCAAGUGCCCUACUCCUGGUUGUGAUGGCUCUGGUCACAUAACAGGAAAUUAUGCAUCGCAUAGAAGUCUGUCAGGCUGCCCUCGUGCCAAGAAAAGUGGGAUCAAGAUCACCCCGACAAAGGAUGAUAAAGAAGACCCAGAGCUGAUGAAGUGUCCGGUUCCUGGCUGCGUUGGGCUCGGACACAUCAGUGGCAAAUACGCCUCUCACCGGAGCGCGUCAGGGUGCCCUCUCGCAGCCCGCAGGCAGAAGGAAGGAUCGCUCAACGGCUCCUCAUUUUCCUGGAAGUCAUUGAAGAACGAAGGCCCAACCUGCCCUACCCCAGGCUGUGACGGCUCCGGCCAUGCCAACGGGAGCUUCCUCACUCACAGAAGUUUGUCAGGGUGUCCAAGAGCUACUUUUGCUGGGAAGAAAGGAAAACUCUCAGGGGAUGAAAUUCUCAACACAAAGUUCAAGACCAGCGAUGUUCUGGAGAACGAUGAAGAGAUCAAGCAGCUGAACAAGGAGAUCAGUGAGCUGAACGAGUCCAACUCGGAGAUGGAAGCGGCCAUGGUGAAGCUGCAGUCGCAGAUCUCCACCAUGGAGAAGAACCUGAAGAACAUUGAGGAGGAAAACAAAAUCAUAGAGGAGCAAAACGAAGCCCUGUUCCUGGAGCUCUCAGGGUUGAGCCAGGCUCUAAUCCAAAGCCUUGCCAAUAUCCGCCUUCCGCACAUGGAGCCAAUUAGUGAGCAGAACUUCGAUGCGUACGUGAACACGCUGACUGACAUGUACACCAACCAGGAGUGCUACCAGAACCCGGAGAACAAGGACCUGCUGGAGAGCAUCAAGCAAGCUGUCAAGGGCAUCCAGGUUUAG